AUGGGGUCGGGAAGCGAAAGGACGUUGUCAAAUGAGAUAGAGGAGGACGAGGACGAUCUCUUUGAUUUCGACUUCCGCCGGCCAAUUGCAAUUGUCAAGGAAGAGGCAAAGGUCGACAUGGGCUCAGCGCAGCUCCAACCUGGAGAUCAUGAUAAAGUGUAUGUUGCAGUGGGCAAGAACCAUUGGAGCAUGGAUGCUCUUCUUUGGACUCUGAAUAACUUGACAAAACCCUCCACUUUUGUUCAUCUUAUUCAUGUCUUUCCAGAAGUUCGAUACAUCCCCACUCCCUUGGGGAAUGUUCCCAAGGGCCAGGUGAAAACGGAGAUGGUGGAGGCCUAUGUGAACCAAGUCAGAAUGUAUCGAAGAGGACUCCUCCAGAAGUUCUUGGAUACCUGCUCUGCUUUCAAGGUAGCUUCAUUCGCAUUAAAAUGA